AUGUCCUCUGAGUUUGGCCUGUCUCCUCGGGUUCUGCGUAUAACCCGGAGUGAUGUUCCUGAAUCAUAUGUACUUGUUCAUAUCACUCGCGCUGGCUCGUCUCUUGUGGACUUGAACGUCACUGCUACUGAAGGCGAGAAUCCAUAUAGUGGUACCGCAAGAGCUAAAACAAUCGGAGCAGUGCGCAACGACGAGGAAUGGUCCCAAAUUGUGUCGCAUGUAUUUGGUCAGCUGGAUGAGUCUGCCGCGAAGGUGAAGCUGUGUGGUAUUGAAUCGUCGGCUAGCGUCAUAGGUGCCAGUGACGCCGAAGACAAGGAGCUAGUGAUCACUAUCCGAAAGAGGAUACAGACUAUAACUCAAAGACUUGGCUCCGUGACUCUCAGGCAAGAUGACCAGCAAGCUAUUCAGCUUUUUGACUGGGCAGGGAUUGCUACCCUCAGGGCUUAUACCAUCGAGGAGCGUUUCGCUUCUUUGCUUGCUCGCUACCGCAGUGCCGAGAACACGAUUAGACAACUGAACAAGCAGCUCGAGGAGUUCGUUUCCGCGAAGACACAGCACGAAGAACAACUGAUAGUCAAUUUCGUCCAGCUGUUAAACGAAAAAAAGCUCAAGAUACGCAACCAGCAACGCUUGCCAGCCUCUGCAAAAGUAGAACAGGAAAAAGUGUCUUGGAUCCAGAAUACAAGAUCAGAUCAAUACCUCCGACCGCACAAGAAUAUUCGGGCCGCGAAGCGUACCGCUGCGGAAAUGAGCGAUGAUGAGGCGGAGAGUGAAGAGGAAUUCGAAACAAUGGAAUUCAAUCAAACCAUGCACUCAAGUGAUUUGGGGGAGGCCAAUGAAACGACCGAUGAGCGAUCCUCAACACCUCAGCCUCUGGAGGAGGUGGACGAGAAUGCCACUGAUGAAGGGUCUCCCGCACCCUCAGAUCUGACUGGCAGUGAGGACGAAAGGCAUAUGUUCGAACAUAGAGGCCCAACUGGUCGCCCUAUAAUGAAGGAACCUCCCGCUCCUCCUCCGCGAAGAGAGCUUCCAUUUGCCAGAAAGGCCCAUACUCCCGGAAAAAAAUCAAAUGCACAGGAGUAUAACACAGAGGAUACUGCCGGGGAGACAGAUGACGAUGAGCUAUGA